AUGAAGCAAUCGAUUAUCACUUCCCUCGUCGCUCUGGCGGCUUCCUGCUCUGGCGUCUAUGCCACCCAGGACUUGAUCAGUGUGCCUGUUGGGCUCUGCGCCGUCAUCCUUGGAGAGAAAGAGUGCAAACAGCAGAGCUCCACCACCGGCCUGAUCAACGUCCCCCUUGAGGGGUGCGUGGCUGCUCUUGGACAGAGCAAGUGUGACCAGGCCUCUUCUUCCGCCAGCGACGGCGGCUCCCUGAUCAAUGUGCCGAUCAACGUCUGUCUGGCUGUCCUCGGCGAGGUCCACUGCCAGCAGAGCUCCGAUACCACUGGCGGCCGGAUCAACAUCCCCAUCAACCUGUGCCUGUCUGUUUUGGGCGAGCAUGAUUGCAAGGAUGCUUCCAGCCAGAACCUCGCUAUCACCGAGUCGGCGAACAGCGUCCCCAGCGCCCCUGCGACUGCACCCGCUGGCGCCAGCUCUGCUCCAUCGUCUCCUGCUGUCUCUGCCACCCCCGCCCCGAGCUCCUCCGGACCCUCUCGCGUUCCUGGCUUCUCUGCCGGACGCUCUUCCACAGGUCGCCCGUCCUCAUCCGCCGCCGCCACUGUGACCGUUACUCGUACCACCACCAUCUGCCCCACCAGCUCCGCUGGUGUCAAGACCUCCUCUAUUCGCCGCGUGACCGCCACUGCUCCCGCUGGUUCCGUCUCCAGCGGAAGCGUGAGCACUCCCACUGCCAGCCCUGUUGCGUUCAACGCCGCUGGCCGUGCUACUCUGUCCGGUGUCGCGGUGAUCUUCGGUGCCCUCUGCGCAGCUGCCAUGCAGAUCUAA